UCCUGCUCCCAACCGGCCCCGCUCCAGCGCCGCAGGAGCUUGUAGCUCCCCGCCUUCUGGUGCCAUGGCCGACGGCUUCAGGCUGGCUCUUGCCGUCCUAGGGUUGGCCCUGCUGGGCUCCCAAGAGGCGCGUACUGAGCGGGAGUUGCGCUUCAAGCCCGCGCCGCAGGAGAGACCCGUCAGGCUCUUCACAGAGUCCGAGCUAGCCAGAUACAACGGGCAGGAGGAGGAUCAGCCUAUCUACCUAGCUGUUAAAGGUGUGGUGUUUGAUGUCAGUUCUGGAAAAGAAUUUUAUGGAAAAGGAGCCCCAUACAAUGCACUAGUUGGGAAAGAUUCCACCCGAGGAAUUGCAAAGAUGUCCCUUGAUCCUGCGGAUCUUUCUCAUGAUACAACGGGACUCACAACAGAAGAGCUGCAAUCUCUGGAUGAAACCUUCAAUAAUGUCUACAAAGCCAAGUAUCCCAUUGUUGGCUACACUGCCCAAAGAAUUCUCAACGAGGAUGGCAGCCCCAAUCCAGACUUCAAACCUGAAGACCAGCCGCAUUUCAGCAUUAAGGAUGAAUUUUGACCACUGAUUAAAUCCUGAUAUUCCACAGAUACUCAUCCUGCCUUACACUGGAAUAAGAACAAAAAGCUGACAUUGUUAUCAAAAACAGGACAAUCGUUUCAAGAAUGAAUAGCACGGCACAUCUGCAUUUCUGAAUUCUUUGGGGGCAAAGCCCCAUUUUACAAUGUUCCUAUAAUUGGUGCAUUAGUAACAUUACUAGGUGGGGGACCCACAAGGACUCUUAGAAGAGGGACAAACAGUGAUGUAGUCAGGAGGAGUGUUAUUUCUAAAACUUCAUGGCAAGAAGCCUCUGGUAAUCCAUAACUGCCAGACGCUGUGCGUAAAAUAACAGAAGUGAACUUUUUAGGCACAUCUGGCUAGCUACUGUUAAGGGUUCUCAAUUAGCUGGACAGUUGGUCUGAGCGAGCAAGGUAUUCCUAAUGUUUCUAGAGGUAUGAUGUCUUCUACUCUUCCACUGAUAUCAUAGAUGGGUCAAGCCUCUCCUAAACAUAUGCAUUGGACACGUCCAGUCAUUUGGCCCUUUUGGGAGGAAGUCGUUACCCAUAUGAAUUUUGUAUUAGAAUACUCAUUUAUUUUUGAAGAUGUUAAUGUACUUUUAAACUAUUUGCCUCUCUUUGAACCUAACUGAUGGUCAACGGAAAUGGACCUCCUUGCACUUACAGUUGCUAAAAGAUUUAUACUAGAACACUGGAAAGACAAAGGCCCACUUCCUGUAACUCAUUGGAUUGAGGACCUUAUAAACUUACCAACAUUUGAAUGUAUCACAUAUAGACAGGAAUUGCAUAUGUACUUAUUUUUAGAUAUUUGGAAUCCUUUUAUAGAAGCAGAUGUAUAGAUUUGCCAACAGUGUUUCAGUUUUUGU